GAACAUGUUUGACAAGCUGAACCGCGACGCCUUUCAGAUAGUUUCUUAUUUUCUGUUUCACACGCUCGACCCGGCUCUCACCAGAGAAGUUUUCAAGUUUUGUUGGCCUCCAUAUGACCAAAAGAGUGACACCGAAUUCCGGAAACACUGCUGUGAAUGGUUAAAAAAGAUUUCUGCGGAGUGUGACAGCUUUCCUCAGGUCGUGGGCUCGCUGUUUCUGUCUCCGGGUGGCCCCAAGUUUAUCCAUCUGAUGUAUCAUUUUGCAAGAUUUGUUGCGAUAAAAUACAUUAAAGCCAAUUCCAAAAACUCUUCUCUACAUUUUUCAGAGACAUUUAAUGUAAAGACCCAGGAUAUGCACAGGUGCCUUGCCAGAUGUCAUGUAGCACGUAACAGAUUUUUACAGAUUUUACAAAGAGAAGAUUAUGUUAUCCAAAAAUAUCAGGAAAAUGCACAAUUAUCAGUUAAGCAAGUACGGAGCUUGAGAUCAGAAUAUAUAGGAUUACAAAACCAAAUGAAAAAAAUGGAAGCCUCUGAUGACCAAAGUAGUAUAAAAGAGAAAAUUGAAAAGGUUCGAUCUUUGUGGACCUUAGUAAAUGAAACACUCACAGUUUUGGAGAAAGAGAGAGAAGUUGUUGAUUCAGUCUUUGAUCUUGUGAACCAGUGUAAUUUAGAUGGAAGUAAUGUUGUUAUUAACAUUCCAAGUCUAUUACUUGACAAAAUUGAGAAACAGAUGUGUCAGUUGCGCAUAGGAAAUGUUUAUGAGGCUGGAAAAUUGAACCUUUUAACAGUUAUUCAGUUGUUAAAUGAAGUCCUGAAAAUAAUGAAAUACGAACGUUGUCAGUCUGACCAAGCAAGAUUUACAGUAGAUCGUCACUACCUUGAAAAAGAGACCAAAUCUCAGAGGGAAAGGUUAUCACGUGUGAAGCAUAUGAGGUGUAAAAUAAAAGAUGAUCUCACCACUGUAAGAUGCUCUGUUGUUGAGAAGCAAGGAGAGUGGGAUAAGAAGUGGAGAGAUUCUCUUGGUCUGUCUCCUUUCAGUCUGUUCAAAAGUCGGGCUCCAGCUGUGGACCUUUUACCACCUAUGCGUCCCCUCUCAUUUGAUCCUGUCUCGGAGGAAGUAUAUGCAAAGAGUAUUCUUUUUCAGUAUCCUGCUUCACUUCAAGAAAUACCUAAGCAACAUAACCAAGGAAAUGAUUGCCGAAGAGACAUUGAUACCCUGGGAGCUGUGUGUGACAUUGCCAACAGUUCUGCGUCUUUCCUGUUGCAGUCAGCUUCACUGUCAGAGAGAAACACUGUUCCACUACUUGAAAAGGAUACGGAGAUGAGAGUGCCCAAAGAGAAGGGUGAAAGAAUUUUUCAGAAAGUACCGGAAUUUGAAGGGCGGGACUCUCCAAGGAUGGAUAUUGCCAAAGAUGCAGAGAAUAGAACAUCCGGAGGAGCUCUGCCAGCUAAAAAAAGUGACCCAUUCCAAAAAGCACAGGAUCAUCUGGUAGAAGAGGUUGCUAGGGCAGUUUUAUCUGAUUCGCCACAGGUCUCUGAAGGAAAAGAAGUGAAAUUAGAGGAACUAAUUGACUCGAUAGUGUCUGACCCCUUCUUACCAAGGAAACAGAUUCCUCGAACCCCAGAAAAUUUGACAACUGAAAUUAGGAACUGCUGGGGAAAAGCUGCUGAAAUGGGAGGUAUCAGAAGCACAGAACCAGCUCAAAUGGAUGCUGACCUUGGAGAAGCAUUGCCGGGACCCUUACCUGCAGCGCACAGUCGAAGAGAAGUUAGUAUGGCCAGUUUUUUCUCAGAUUUUGACCAGUCUUGUUUGCCUGAAGAGAAAGUUGUUUUGGACUGUGGUGAGGGCAUGCCUCGGAAACAUGUGGUCACCAGUCGUAUUGGUGAACCCCCAACAGAAAAUAAGUCAGACUUGUUCAAUAGGAAAAUAGUCUGUUCGCAAGAUGUGGAACGUACAGCUUUACCGACCAAGCUCUCAGAAACUAGCUUAAUAGAGGGAUUUCCCCCUUCUGUACAUAAUAGGAUCAAGGUGAUGAUGGGUAGAAGUAAAGAUAAGUGUAUUAAAACAUCAGACCACUCAGAAGCUUCUCAUAGUGAAACUUCCAUGCAUAAAACUGUGUUAUGGGACUCUUUUCAAAUAUUAAGUGGAAUUAGUUCUAAGAGUUUUAACGAUAUGGAUUUUGGCAUACUACAUGAAACUCUUCCAGAAGAAGUUGGUCAUCUAAGUCUUAAUAGCUCUGGUAGUUCUGAGGCCAAUCUUAAGUUGGAGUCGAAUAGCCCUGUGCACAGUGGCAUUUUUCUGGAUGAAGUUACGAAAGGAAGACAGACUGCUCCAGAAUCAGACUUCAGUUUACAGGCUCUUCCCAGUAGUUACGAGGCGCUGAAGAAAUCUCUUUCCACGACAAGGGAAGAGUCUCACCUCCGAGGUCCUGAAGUUCUUGAACGACACAAGCAGGAAGUGAGUCUUGCAGCUGAGAACAUGCAAGCAGUGGACACCGAUGAUUUGCUUGCUGACUAUGCACAGCCAUCGUCACGCGUGUCCCUUCGUGAGAGAAAACGGUCUCUGUCACCAUUAAUUAAGUUUUCUCCAGUGGAGCAAAAAUUGAGGACCGUAGUACCAUGUAGCCUUGGAGAACCAUGUAGUCUUGGAGAACUUCUACCUAAUUUAAAAGAAGAAGAGAUCUUGAAUAAGAGCCUCGAUGCGAAAGAAUCUGACUCGACAAACUGAUGCAGUGCCUGCUUACUGUAACCGUGAUGCACUUAAACUGAAGCUGUGUUGCAGAAUAGAAGCUGGUUCAUAACUUAAUUAUGUGUUGGCAGUGUAACACUGUUUUUCAAAGUUGUAUAAAGACCCUAGGUACCUUUUGGCCUCUUGUGAUGUUUGUAGAUAAGGAAAGUAGGUUUGGGUUUUCUUCUUGGUAGAGAUGUGAAUGUGGAGUCUUUGGAAAGCAAAUGUGAAGUUAUGGGAUGUCAUUUUGUUAUCUUGAAUAAUCUUGUAAGCAUUAAAUACAUAACAAAUGUAGUUUAAUUUGUUAAAAUGUCAGUUAACUAACAUAAAGAUGAGUAGCUUUUGAGGUACUUUCAAGUGGUUAAACUAAUAGCCACUGAAUGUACUCAUCUUUCAUUUUAGAGAAAUGAAACACUGUUAUUGGUUCUUUAUGGAACAUUCUGGUACUAACCAAAAAAAGUGAGAAAAGUAGUACCUUGGGAUGUAUGGUCAAAAAGACAAAUUUUGAUUUGGAAUGUUGUAAAUUGGUUUAAUGAUUAUUCCAGUAGAUUGGUCCUGAAAGUGAUACUUGAUGGGAUUAAGCACAAGUGAUAAAUGCAGAGUAGGGCAGAGAGCAUUUAGAGGAAAGGAGGAGGAUGGAAGAAGAUGACAAGCCACCUAGGGAACACUGUCACACUAUGAAUCCGUUCACUGGGUUGUAUAACAGAUUUCUUUUUAGUCUAAUUUAGACUGAAAAUUAAAUGCUAGUUUAUAUUUUAACAAAAAUAAAUAAAUUAAAAAAUU